GCAAAUAUCGUUCCCGCUCACUACCGGACAUAGCCAUCUGAUCCCGCCCGACUUAGCCGUGCUCCACUCCAGAAUGUAUCAAUGUCACAUAAAAUGUUGCCACCCCGUAUAACCUUCAUUGUUUAGGGCCUCUGUGGUAUAGAUCCUACCAGAUGUACCCUUUAAGACGAAAGAAUGCCCAUCUGUAAAGGCGUCAACCACACCUUGAGGGGUCACAAACUCCGUCUUCUUACUCCCCAAGAAUGCCCGCAGCCGUAUCUCACCACUCUGAGAGAUCGAUUUCCAGAACUACAAGUCGUCGUUCGCACAACACCAUUUGAUACGGUUGCUUACAACGACAGCGUACCUGGGGAUUACUGGGAUGGUGUCACGAUUCUGAUGACGGCUAGUUCUUUGCCAAUCUUUGAACAAGCGCCCAAGCUGGAAUUUGUACAGCUAUUGAGCGCCGGAGCAGAUUUUAUACUGCGUCAACCGAUCUUUACAGAUGCCAAUAUUGCUUUUUGUUCGGCGAAUGGGGUACAUGGGUAG